UAGAAUUUUGUUAGUCAAAAUUAUAUUAAUUUAUAGAUGUAUAUAAAUUUCCUAACACGCAUUGCAAUAAAAUCCUAAUUUUAGGAGAACGAGAUGAUGUCACUUAUGGGAUCAGGAGGCAAUUUCUCUCCACUGCCGACGAUGCCUCAAUUACCAGCCGGAAUCCAGAUUCCAACCCAUCCUCAAUUCCCGCCAAAUGACGAUCCAACUGGAAUUGAUUACGGGUUCGGAAUGGGAAUGGGAAUGGGAAUUCCGACGAACCACUCGGGGUUACUUAAUUAUCCAUAUGCAAUGGAAUCACCCGUCUCGGGAUUAUCUGCAACAUCGUCUUCAUCACGUCGAUUAGUACCGGAACCAGCUCAUUCUUCAAUUCAAAAUUAUCCAGGGGAUUAUGUAAUUCCACCAUGGCAUGGAAUCAGCUUUCCGACCUCUGUAUCCCAAUGUACAACUAGUCCAGCACAAGGUACAACCCCAGCUGGAGUGCUACCAAGUCAACUCCUAGACAAUGUUGCUAGGGAAAGCCGGUCCAGCCACUCUGGAUCGAGCGAACGGGACACUAGCAGUUCAAUUGCAAAAUUCCAAGGUUACCCCUAAAAUCGGCACACUAUGUAGUGGGUUGGAGAAAAAUGCAAGUCCUUUUUGGGUAUUUGGUUUUAGGACAAAGAGAUACAUGACUGUACAUAUAUGUUUUUUGUUAUUCUUUUUCUUUUA